GCAAAGGAGCGAACUAACCUCAUCUCAUCAAAUAGUUUAAUGUUUAUUUUUAUGUGUAAUUCUUCUCAUUUGGACUUGAAUCAGCAAAAAAGCAUCGCUACAUGUUUUCUUUUUUCUUUCGGUUGGAGUUAAUGUAUUUGGGGUUCGUGUAAGAGGUUCUUGGGGUUAGAUGGUGAAAGCUGUUAAAACUACCCCUCAAGGUGUUAAGAAAAGUGACUUUUGGCACCUAAGACGUCUCUGAAUUGUGGAUAUUAGCAGCCUUAGUGAAUAUUACAAUUAAUUAGGGAUUAACAAGGAGAGGCCAUGUGAUCGAAGAUUAUCGUUGAAGAUCGAGGCCCAACCUUUCUGUUUUUCUACACACGUUUUUGUUGUAAUUAAUAGGAGAGUGUUUUAUCACCGAUUUUCUUAAUAAUUCAUCUCCGAUGUAAAUUUGAUAUAGAUAAGGUUUCCGACAUUCCUUAACAACAACCAGUGGCACUUAUAAAGUAGUUACGCUAUGAGUGCGCGGGCACAAAGUAUUUGCUGGGUUCAAUAUUUACGGAAAUAACUUCCCUGAGUACCUCCGCACGUAAUGGGUCAGUAACUUCGUGACAUUGUUUGGAAUUGCUGGAUUUAUUAGAUUUUUACUGUAAAAAACAAUGGAUAAUUUGUUGACGAUUGUGACUUUCGUGCUUUUGAUUUCCAUUUGGACUUCAGCAAUUGAUGUUGGACCAAUCGCUAAAGCACGGUGUCGAGCAAGGUGCCUGCAAGAGACACUCAGAGCUCCGUAUGAUGAUAACUCCUGCUUCAAGAGGAAGAGCUGUGAUGUGUGCUGGAAAAUGUGUGAACCUCUUGUUCUGAGGCCUGAAAUAUUCUCAGAAAUAUGCCACAAUGGAGACAAAUGUCAAAAAGGAUGCAGGGUAGCAUGUGAUUUCAAGGCAAACAUUUUGAACACAGCAUCCCCAAGUACUGGUCAGUGGACAUUCAGCAUGGAGCCGGUAGUGGUACCUUUCAAAAGUACACAGAAAAUAGAAAUAGCUUGGGACACCCCCACCUCGGAACUGGUAUCUGGCAAUAGACAGGCCUUUGUUUAUGUCCUUAUGGCCAAGGAACCAGUUGGUACUCCACAGACAAGGGCCUGGACCGAGGUCAUACAGACAGCAUCUAGGAAUGUGGUGUUGAAGAGGGAGAUUCUGCUCCAUAGUACUGAGUUCUGGCUGGUAGCCGUUACUGAGAAUGGAACGGCCACGGAUGUCCAUUUUCAGGAGAACGACAAGCUUAUCACAGAGGUGGUGUACCCUCCAUCAGGUUCCUUAAUUGCCAGUACAAACCGUGGAUCCUCUGUCAACACGCCCAUCCAGGUUAACUACACCAUUACCGAGGACCCCCUGGAUACAACUCUGUCCGCUCUUGUUCAGUGGUCCAACCCUCCCAUCCCUCUUGGGGAGGGGGAUGCUUACACAGUGACCUGGUUUAUGGAGAAUUGUCAGGUUUGGGAUUAUUCCCCACCUUGCGAUCAACCAGCUGACCAUUACUCUCACACAGUGUUUUAUUCCAAGGACAAAGAGCCCUCUUAUGUCAUCAAAUCUCUGAUGUAUAACUCACUGUACAAUGUUGUCGUCGAACUAAGCCUAGCAAGUCGGAAAACCAAGAAAAGGUGGUACGGAGAAGUGAAUUUUAAGACGGAGCUCUGUGAAGAAGUGGACACAAAAACGUACACAAAAUGUAACCAUAACUACAUUGUCAAUCAAGGAUCUGCCGUUACGGACCCAAAUAAGGCUGGUAGUAGUUGGAGCACAAAUACGGACACUGUGGAUGAUGAAGAAGACCCUUUGGUUUGGUACCUAAACAUUGUGUCCAUGACAUAUGAUAUUGAUACCGAUCGUGUGACAGCAAACGUCUCCUGGACAGUGCCGUACAAUACAUCAUACAUACGAGGUUACUCGGUAGCCUGGAAACUUGUAGAUACAGACUCCUAUAAGCUGGACUCAAGCUACAAACACACAGUCACCAACCAGAGCUAUUAUGUGAUGUCCUUAGACCCCAAUAAGGAAUAUGAAGUUCAGGUGGUACCUGUUUUCAAAGAUAACAAUGAGGGCUCCUUCAUAGGAAACAACCAGGAGAGUGAACGUUUGAUCUUUAACACUACGUGGUACAAGUCCAUGCCUCCAACUCCCAGAACGGGGAUGAGAAGAGAUCAACCAACAGUCAAGCAAUCCAAAAUGCAGGGGGUUCUGGAUAAGGUGAUCAUUGGGAUUGCGAUGAUAGCCAGUAUUACUCUACUUGGACUCAUCAUGCUCUUUGUGUACAAGAAACGCCAUAGCUUCAAAGACAUUAUAAUCACCAAGUCAACUGUCGCCAAGAGCAACAGCUACAAGUCCAAUGUGGGAUGUAAGGUAGAUUAUUCUAAUCAGUUACUGGUGAUUAGCGAUGAGUGGGAGUUGGAUCCUCGCCUCCUCAAAUUCAGCAGUCCUAUUGGCCAGGGGGCAUUUGGGAAAGUGGUAACUGGUUACUAUGAGAACCAAAGAGUAGCCAUCAAAUUAGUGAGAGAUAGUGCACCCUUAUCCUACAAAGAAGAUCUUUUGGCUGAGAUCAACUUGAUGAAAAGAAUCGGUUCUCACCCAAAUAUUGUGUCCAUGUCAGGGGCCUGCACUCUGUCAGAACCCAUAGCUUUGGUGAUGGAAUAUGUCCCCUAUGGAAACCUUCAAAAUUUUCUGAAAAAGUGUCGUUUAGAAGGGGAUUUCCAGAAGCGUAUAGGCCGUCCCAGUGAAGUGGUAUACUCCCUAAUGGAUGAGAGUGGGGGUAUUGACAGUGGUGUUAUAACUCCAGCGGACAUGUUGUCCUUCGCCAGACAAACUGCCAUGGCAAUGGAAUACCUGGCAGCAAAGAAAUAUGUUCACCGUGAUUUAGCAGCCAGAAACGUCCUUCUGGGUUACGACAAAAUUGUUAAAGUCUGUGACUUUGGUCUGUCGCGGGACAUUUAUAAUGACAACCAAUAUCAUAAAAUAACCAGUGGCAAGCUUCCCCUCAAGUGGAUGGCUAUCGAGUCCCUGAGGGACCGCAUCUUCACCACCCAGAGUGAUGUCUGGUCCUUUGGCAUCUUGAUGUGGGAGAUCAUCACAAUGGGUGGCUCCCCAUACCCAAACAUAGCAUUAGCAGAUCUUUACUAUGUUCUAGCCAAUGGAUACAGGAUGGAGAAACCCAGUAAUUGUUCAUCUGAAUUAUAUACCAUCAUGCGUCAAUGCUGGAUAGAGAGUCCAUCAGAGCGUCCUAAUUUCACAGACCUGAGAGUUCAGAUAGAACAGUUGUUGUCCAGGGAUAGAAAUUAUUUAGAUUUAGAUAAUAUAGAUGCUCCAUUGUCAACAUCAGAAAGCAGUAGUUCACCUAAAUCUGAUGAUUCGGACACUAUGUCUCUGCUCAACACAAGACCAUCUGCUCACAGAGUUAUUCCUGGGCAAUCAUCACGGAGACCGGGAACCAAUUCACCGGGUACCAGUCGAUCUGGGACCCAGAAAACAGUUACCAUAGCUACAGACCCAGUGACUGUUGUGUGUAUUGAGAAUUCAGAUCAGUGGUAUAUGAAAGGGGCAGAAUCAGAAACCUCAUCAUAGCUAUAGAAAAAAUCUACUUUUUCUGUUUUCUAGUAUGAAAAAAUUAAUGACACUGACAUGAAACUGCACAAAGACGUAUAUGAAUUGAGGGAAACAUUCUCCUCAGAAUGUGCAAUAGUUGUCUUUAUUGUUGACUUUACCAUGAAGUGAACUGCUCAAUAUUGUGCAGUAAUUAUGGACUGUGAUAGCCCAGUGUUGAGGAACUGUGUUCACUGUGCCAGCACUAUUGUGCUUAUGUGUGCUUCGAGCCAGUGUACCAGCUAGCACAGCACAUUGUGUGUGUGCUUCUAGAAACACUAAAAAAAAUCAUCUUUAACGAGGCUUGC